AUGCCGGGGGAUCUCCGGGAUUCCACUUGGUCGGACACAUCUUCGAUGGACCCUCGGAUAAGUUUGGCACCCAGUCUGGCUCGUGAAAGCGUGGCCACAACGAUCUACCGUAGUGAUGCCAUUGUCCCUCCCAUACCGGCUCAACAAGCCUUCAGAGCUCAAGCCAACGUCGUGAGUGUUAAAUCGGGACACAGCACUCCUGGUGCCUCUUCGAAUUCCAGCUCGAGGACUCCACAAAUUCCCCAAAUACCCAAAUUAGGCACUAGCAACAGUUCGAUUGUGGCGCGAAACGUCACGGCCCGUCCGAUCGAGGUGAAAAAGGUUAACUCGGGAACAAGGGUCCCUACGCUGGCGAAUCUGGUGAAGGAGGCAAACAGGAAAAGCAACACACCCAAAUCGUCGGACAAGAACGUUGUUCCUGUCUAUUCCGACGAAAAGGAGGUUGUCCUCUCAUCGUCUGCUACCACACCUGAUACAGACAAUGGCGAAUCCGCGCUCUUGCCAAUAACGACCCCCAGGCCAACUUUUGCCGGCCAGGCUUCAACCAGAUCCUCGUCCGUCAGCGCUAUUCUAUCAGCUGACACUCUCAAACCAAAUUCCUUCAGCGGAGCAACAAAAGGCCAGACAACCAACUCCACAAAUGUCAACGCCCUGAUAGAGGACGCCAUCAAUCGAGCUCGAGACCCGCAACAUAUCGGUGUCACCAGCCCGACAGUUCGGCCCGCGCUUGUUCAGCAUGAUUCGGGGCCAUUUUCAGACGCCAAUGAGGUGAAGGAGAAUUUACUUUGA